GUAGUAAAGCCUUUCCCAGCGGUGAGAGCACAGGAGGUUUCACAAUUGCAGUUUACAUGGUCAGUGGAGGUGAGUGCGCAAUCAUCCAGCUGUAAGACAAGGAUACGCCAACAAGAAUGACUCAAAUGUUUAAAAUGCUAAACAGAAUCUACUUGUAUUCCAUCACUAGAAUACAAGGUUCCAAUGGUUUCCUUUCUGACUUCCUUAAAAGACAACCUUUGGUUGGACUAAGCUCACCCCUGUCCAGUUCUGGCCCACUUAAUGUGGAUUCAUUCAGUUAUAUCAUAGUGGGGGCUGGUUCAGCAGGUUGCGUAUUGGCCAAUCGGCUUUCUGAAAGCCCCGAUGAGUCUGUGCUGGUUUUGGAAGCAGGACCAAAAGACCUAAUGUUGGGCUGCAAGAGAAUCUCUUGGAAGAUACACAUGCCAGCUGCCCUAAUGUACAAUCUUUGUGAUGAUAAAUACAACUGGUUUUAUCACACUGUGCCCCAGAAACACAUGGAUAACAGGGUAAUGUACUGGCCUAGAGGUAGAGUUUGGGGUGGAUCUUCCUCUCUGAAUGCCAUGGUGUAUGUUCGAGGACAUGCAGAGGACUUAAAUCGAUGGGAUGCACAAGGUGCUACAGGUUGGGAUUAUAGUCAUUGCUUACCAUAUUUUAAGAAGGCCCAAUCCCAUGAACUGGGACCGGACAACUACAGAGGAGGUAGCGGACCACUACAUGUCUCAAGAGGGAAGACGGACCAUCCUCUCCAUCACGCGUUCAUCAAGGCUGCCAAGCAGGCAGGAUACCCAUUCACAGAGGACAUGAAUGGAUUCCAGCAAGAAGGUGUUGGGUGGAUGGACAUGACUAUAUACAAAGGUCAGAGAUGGAGUGCGGCCAGCGCUUACCUACGUCCAGCAAUGACUCGUGCCAAUGUAGCUGUCAAGGAGAAGACUCUGGUCACUAAAAUACUUUUCCAAGGACAGCGAGCUAAAGGUGUGGAGUAUGUGCAAAAUGGACAAAAGAAAAAAGCAUUUGCCAGCAAAGAGGUGAUCUUAAGUGGUGGUGCCAUAAAUUCUCCCCAACUUCUUAUGUUGUCCGGGAUUGGAGAUGCCACAGAACUCGCCAAAUUAGGAGUACCAGUGAUUUCUCACCUUCCAGGAGUGGGGCAGAAUCUCCAGGACCACCUUGAGGUAUACAUCCAGCAGAUGUGCACCAAGCCUGUCACUUUAUACAGCGCACAGAAGCCACUCAUGAUGCUAAAGAUCGGUUUGGAGUGGAUGUGGAAAUUCACAGGUUAUGGGGCCACAUCACAUCUAGAAUCUGGUGGAUUCAUCCGAAGUGCUCCAGGGGUUGAACACCCUGAUAUCCAAUUCCACUUUCUCCCAUCUCAGGUCAUAGAUCACGGACGAGUGAGCUCAAAGGUGGAAGCCUAUCAGGUCCAUGCUGGAACCAUGAGAGGCACAAGUGUAGGAUGGCUGAAACUUCGCAGUUCUAACCCCCAGGAUCACCCUAUUAUAAACCCAAACUACCUUUCAACUGAGAAAGACGUUGCUGAUUUCCGCCUGUGCGUGAAGUUGUCGAGAGAGAUUUUUGCUCAGAAAGUGUUUGACGAGUUCCGAGGACCCGAGCUCCUGCCAGGCGCCAGCGUUCAGACGGAUGAAGAAAUUGAUGCAUUCAUCAGGCAGAAGUCAGAUACGGCCUACCACCCAUCCUGCACCUGCAAAAUGGGACAGGUGACAGACAAAAAUGCUGUGGUCGAUCCCGACACAAGGGUUAUAGGGGUGGAAAAUUUACGGGUUGUUGAUGCCUCCAUCAUGCCCAGUAUUGUAAGUGGGAAUUUAAAUGCCCCAACAAUCAUGCUGGCAGAGAGAGCCUCUGAUAUAAUAAAGGGGGUUCCUUUACUCGAAGACAAAAACAUUGCAGUUUACAGACCCCAAACACUAGAAACCCAGCGGUAGCCAAUCAUCUGUCUUCAUACAUCUACAUAACCAUGAGGUAUGAAAAAAGCACAAUCCAUAAAGUUCAACAGGCUCAGUUUGGAGACCCAGUUGAAGGUGAAAAUCCCCCUUGGAGCAAAUAAAGUAACAUUCUAGCCUGUCUGUAUAAUGGCAUUUCAGACUGUACCCUAGAGCAAUAUUUGAAGUUAUUUAAAAUACACAAAAACUAUUUUUGUUAUGCUUGGAUAUCCAAACCUUCAGCAAUAUGACAUUAUCUGGCAAAUCAUUCUUUAACUGUACUGCUCUUACUGUGAAGAAUCCUCAUACCUGAAGCUGUAAACCAAUUUUCAAUUAUAUCGAUAAGUGUUCCUUUGUCUUAGUGACAAACUCAUUGAUGAACUGUUUCUGCACAUGAAAUGCACAAAUACAAUUUCUAUUCUAGAUUUAACAGAUUUGAAUUAAAUAAAUAAAACAGUGGGACAUGUUUGAAACUCUACAUCCUGCAAGUCAGUACUUAGUAUAAUACAGAAUAAAUCACAGCUUGUAAACCAUCCAUGUACCCUGUUUCUUGGCUCAAUCUUCUAGCUCAGAAUACUAAGACCUAGAUACCCACAGAUUUCCUGUACUCCCCAAAACCUUAACUUCCCAUUCGUAUGGUUAUUUUGUGGCUGAUUUUGAGAUAUGUUUUAAUAAAAUGUCCAACUUC